AUGGAGCUCACCCAGCUCCUCGACCGAAUCAGAGCGCAGUGCGACCAGAGCAGACUCCCGGCCCCCGGCGAGAGACACCUCGGCCUGGGCGCCGUCUCAAAUCCAGCCUCCGGCUCGGUCGGGCCUGGCCGAGCCGGAGCCGGAGCAGCAUCCAGGACGCACAGAGGAGCUCUCAGCGAGGAGGAGGCAGCCUGGGCCCAGGUGAGCCUCGGCGGCGCCGCCCUGAGGGAGGCUCGGGCCGAACUGGCCGAGGCCAGGAAGCAGUGGCACUCGCUGCAGGUGGAGAUCGAGACCCUGCACGCUUUGGAGAAAGGCCUGGAGAGCUCGCUGCAGAACACCCAGCGGCUGUACUCCAGCCAGCUGCAGGACCUCUCGCAGGUGAUCGCCGGGCUGGAGGGCGAGCUGGAGCAGGUGAGGAGCGGCCUGGCCACGCAGCGCCAGCGCCACAGCCAGCUGCUCAACACCAAGAUGAGGCUGGAGCGCGAGAUCGCCACCUACCGGCGGCUGCUGGAGCGCGAGGAGGGCAGGUACAUGGGUCGCAACGGGCAACCGCUGAGCCUGCGGCCCUGGAGGUCCUCGGUGGUGGAACCGAAGGAGAACGGGCUGGAGAACGGCUUCAGCGACCCGGCCAUCACUCCGGAUGAACCCAAGUCGGAGCCGCUGCCCGAAAUCCCUCCGCUGCUGCCCGUGGAGAACGGCCUCCAGAAAAGCCUCCUGUACCGGCAGCAGAGCCUGGUGAUACUCACAGAGCCGGAGCAGGAUAAAGAGCUGCCCAUCGCCACCGUGAAGACUCAGGAGAUUCUUCAGGGCAACGUGGUGCGAGAGAGCGCCGAGGGUCACGGCACCAUCGAGACGGAGAAGAUCGACAAGGUGAUCAAGCAGUGGGAGGGCUCCUUCUUCAGGGGGAACCCCAAGCUGAGGAAGAAGUCGGUGUCGCUGCGUUUCGACCUGCACAUGGCGGCGGCGGACGAAGGCUGCGCCCAGACCAAGCAGGACAGCCUCCCCGACGUGGAGGUGCGUCUCAUCAUGAAGAGGUCCCGCAGUAUCCCGACCAUCACGCCAUAAACUCGGAGAGUCCAAAGCGGGGCUCGCAGAAGAAGAAGAAGACGCAGAAACGACACCUGCUCAUGUUAAGAUCCUCUAGUUUCACCGAACUUUGCAUCACAGCUUCAGGAGAGAGAGAAAGAGGUGGCAUCACAGAGGAUAAUAAUUUAUUGUGUGUUUCUGCGUCGUCACUCUAGAUGAAGAAAAAAAGUCUCUUAACACCCUCGAGAGAUUAUUAUUAAUAUUAUCAGUAGUGACUCUGCUUAAGUGCAGCAUUUAAUCCUGGUUGAUGCAGGUGAUGAAGGAGAUGAAGGCAGAAGUUUAGCUCUAAAAGCUGCUGUGAAAUAUUGAAGGGUGGAUUUUAUUUUUUUUUUUUUUGGUAGAUUUCCUUCAAGGGACUGUAUGAAAAUUAUUAGGAUUUACUUUUGACACGUCUCAACAGAAAGCAGAGCUAACAAGGUUUGAUUUGAAGGUCUGAUUUUAAAGUUUAACACGACAGUCUUGAGGAUUUUUUAUUUAAAUAAGUGUCUGUUAACGCUCCAUCUAUCAAGUCUAAUUAAACCUCCUAAAUAUUCUUACAUUCACAGUAUUUCUAACCGAGAAUCUGCGGCGACAUUCAAAUUCACUUUUUCCCGCCAGAGACAGUCGACAGGUUUAUCUUUUGUGUCCUCCAAUGUGUUUAUUGAGCUGUUUUCAAUACCAGCAGCAGAGUGACAAGGCACUGAAUGUUUUUAUUCCCACGCUGCUUUCUGCAUGUUAGAUGUUUUUUCCGGUUGUCGAGAGUUGAAAACUGUCAAGUAGGUUGUGGCAGUUGGUUGGUUUUAACUCGUUUAAAAGUGACGAACGCAGCAUUUGACCCAAAGUUGAACACAUUUGCUGCUGUUUUACUCUUGAGCUGAAAUAUGUUCAAGUUUGUGUAAAAUGCGCUCUUGGCUGUUGUUGUUUACUCAGCCUGGCUCACCGGAUGUAGACGGCGGGGAUAAUCUGGCCGUUAUCUGGCCGUUUUGCAGAAGGUUUGGAUUGUGCAUGAAGACCGGCCUGAUAAUUAUUAUUUUUAAAUGAUCUAUUUUAAAGACAGUUCUUGCCUCCCUGCGUGCAAAUGAUGCACCAAAACAAUCCCCUCCCCCGUUGUUAUUUCGAUGGGGCACCGUUGCUGCAUCCCGGGCUGAGCUCCACUCACUACGACUGGGGUUGGUUUACAGAAAAACCAACCAGCCAGAGCUUGUUUCCCCUCCUGUAGCAGAAUGACAAACAGGCCAAAGACUGCUUGAACCAACCAUCACGUUCUGUUUAUACAAAAGCUGAAACAUCGAUGUAGAAGAACUGCUGCUCUCUGAGUAUCAGCAUCUGCACCAGGCGGUGUCGUUGGAGGUUCGUUCCGCAAAGAUCUGCUGAGACUCGCACUGAGUCCUGCAGAUGUUCUGCAUCCAACGCAUCUCCGGUUAAAGAAAGUCGUUUGGUGUCUUCAAAGAAAAAUCUGGCAUUUUAGAAAAGAAACACUUUGUUGGACUCACGACCUCCAGCUCACCUGUUUGUUUUUCUUGUUACAGAAAACUGCCACUUGAAUGAAGGCGUCACACGAGUUCUGAUACCCGCAGAAAAACAUAUGUUAUGUUCCAAUACGUCAGAAACACUUAGAUGUUGUACUACAUCCAGGUGGACUUUGCAGUUUGCCAGGCAGCAUCCUUUUUAUGGCUCGUAGACGGAGGGUUUAACGUGGUUUUAGGUUAUUAUGACUGAAUAGUUUGUCCCGGUUAUAGACAAACUGCAUGAAACAGUGCAGGCAGCUGUAUUGAACAUAAGAAAAAUGAGAAGUUAUGCGAUUUGAAGCUUGUGUUUUUGUUUUUUUUUUGAAAGCGAGAUUCAAAAACACACUUGCAGUUACCGUGUGUUGCCAUAGGUGGCGCCAAAGAGAUUUCCACUUUAAAGAGCUAAUUUUCUGCACAUUUAUCGUUUUUAUUUUUGGGGCUCUGCUAGAAUACGUUUACUUGCCUUAAUUAUUUUUUUUUUCAUAAUGCUGCAGCUCCUGUGUCUUUAAGCCCCGCCUCCUGAGCAGCACGGUCUGCUCUGAUUGGUUAAUAAAAACAGAGAGAAGCAGCUCUAGUGAGGAAACAAUGUGAGGAAGCAGCUCUUCUUUGAUUGAGCCAAACUAGCAGGAGUUGUGUUGCAAAAUAAUGUAGAUUAAAAAAGAAGAUGAGGAGUUUCAGACGGUUCACUUCGUGAGUUUGCAGAUAAUUAACAUGCACAAAAAGAAAAAAAAGCAGCUGUUUGAAACUGAAGGAAAGAAGGAACCCAAAAAGCAGAACACGGGACCUUGAAGUUAUUAUUUGUGCACUUUUGGCUGUAUUACAUGAAGUAUUCUGGGGAGGCUUUAAAUGCCCCCCCCUGUCUUUACCAUGCCGGUAAUUUUCCUACAGUCCCUGAACUGAACGCUUUGCACUGCAGAUUCAUUCAACACUUAGAAGAACAUCUGACAGACGUCCAGAGCUCCUUAGCGGCUCUGCAUUUAACUCUCUCCGCGGAGAAGACGAACCUAUAAUCCACUAGCGUAGGCUCCGCUGUACGAUGCUCACUGUGAUCCCAGUAACAGCAGUGAGGCUUCCAGCUCUCACCGUGUGUCUCAGAGAACUCCCGAUUCCCCGUCCGGACCAGAGGAGGGCAGCAUUUGUAAAUAGUUCGACACUGCAGUGUUUCUCCACUCGGGUUGUGUAACGGACUCCACCUGUUACGCCUCAGCCUGACAGUUUUUACGCUGAGUUUUUGAGUUGGCACCAAAGAAUUGAGGAACGGACCGCUGAGCGUUGCAUUUGGGUCCCUCAGAAUAUUUAAAUAUGUUAUCUAUGCAGUUCUGUGCUUUGGUUUUUGCUUUGCUUCAGGAAGCACAUUCUUCACUUUGAGAGCUCUGUACCUUCAGAAUGAAGCGUUUAUCUAAAGAUUUAUCAUUUAAAAUAAAAAUAAAAAAAAGGAUACCAACCACA